AGGCUUCACCAACAAUUAAAAGAGUCCCUGGAGAAGCAGCUGGAAUCUCUCCCUACGGAUGCUGCCCUGGCUAGCGAAACAUUUACAGAACAAGAAUUGAUUAAAAACCUCCAGGACCAACUGCAACUUGCAAAUCAAGAAAAGGAAUAUGCCUUAGAGCUGUGGCAGAUGGUUUCACAAGAAAUGGAUCGCCUGCAGCAGCUGUACCAGGAACACAUGACUAAUGCACGCUUACACGUGGCAGAGAGAGAGAUGCAAAAGGAAGAGAUAGCAAAGCUCCAGCAGCUAACUAAACAACUUCAUGGAGCUCAUGAAAAAAGUGGAACUGACAAACCAUCAGUUUCUACAUACCGUGAAUGAACAACAAAAAGAAAAUGACCAGCUACAGAAGCAGCUCAGACAAGCAAAAGUGGACUUAAAAGUAGCAACCAUGAAGGUCGAAGAACUGACUCAAAUAACGGAAGCUCUAGAGGACCAAGCAAAAAAAAGAGAAGAAGAGGUGUUGGCAGCCCGGGGCAAGGAAGACGCAUCAGACAAACGGGUGCAACAGCUCCAGACAGCAGUAACACAAUUAGAAAUAAGGUUGAAAGCAGCAGUACAAGAUGCAGAACAGUUAAAAGGGGAAAAAACACACUUGGAAAAACACAUCGGGGAGCUACAGGCAAAAUGUUCAGAAAUGGAACAAGAGAAAUACGAAGCUAUUUCCAGAGUACGAGACAGUAUGCAGAUUGUAGAGGAAGCCAACAUUGUGAAAAGCCAGGCACUUUUAAAAGAAAAGCAAAGGCAGGAAGAGAUAGAAAAAAUGAAGGAAGUAAUAGCCAAGAUAAUUCAAGAAGCUGCAACAAGAACUCGAAAAGAGGUCGAAAAUGCCAGGAAACUUUCCAAUGUACAGAUUUCGCGGUUGACUGACGACAUCUCUGCUUUGCAAACAGAAUGUGGUGAGAAGCAAAGCCUUAUAGAACGUCUUUUAAGAGAGAAGCGAGCUGCAGAGGAAGAGCUGGAGAAGGUGUAUCAAGAAGGCCGGGUGAAUGAGACAGAUUACAGGAAGCUAGAGGAACUACAACAGCGAUGUCUCAAUGCAGAACGCUGUAAAGAUGACCUCCAGAUAAGCUUGCGUGCAGUACAAAAGAAAAUAAAACAACUGGAACUGAACUCUGAAGAGCAGCUGUCCAGGUGUCAGGAAACUAUUCAAAAGCUAAAUGAAAUUUUGGAGUCAGAAAGAAAAGAGAGCAGUUUGUGUGAGUGAGGAGAGGCUAAAGCUGGUGCAUGAGAAUGAACACUUACGAAAAGAAGUGGAAGAGUGGAAAAAGUCUGCCAUGGAGGCUCAGCAAAAACUCAGAUUUCAGUUAAGCACCAUGGCACAUGAAUUUUCUGUGAAGGAGCAAGGCUAUGAAGUACAGCUACAGGAGAUGGAAGACAGCUGCCGAAAGUCCACGCAAGAGCUUAUGAGGCUACUGACUGCCCAGCAAAAAACAAGCUGCAAAUGGAAAGAAGAGACAAAUAACCUAACUAGGAGCACAGAGAACAGACUGAGGAAACUACGAAGUGAAUUAAAAGAAGAAAAACUACAAAAACAAGAGUUACUUUCACAGCUAGAAGCCAGCCAUGAGAAAUUGUCUGAGCUUGAAAAAAUGAUUGCUGAUUUACAGGAAAAAAGUAGCAGACUUCAGAAGCGUCUUGACCAAGCGGAGGAACAAGCAGUGCAGGCAUCAAAACAGCUUAAUCUUGUUGUUUCCCAGAGGAGAAAAGCUGCUCACAAACUGGACUUGGGAAAUAUCUAA